GGAAGGAAGGUGUCGCGAAGAUGCUUCCUGUUCGGGGAUCAAUCUUCGUCGUCCUCGGCGCCUCCUGUUUGCUGGCUGUUCUCAUCGAGGUGAGCGAGGCCAGGCCACGCAUCAGGCACCAGAAAGGAGGGAGUCAUUGCAGCAGAUGCGGUCCAGGCUGGGGCGUGGUGAACCGAUGUGUCCGUGGCCGCGACACCGAAUGCGGAAAAUGCUCCGCUGGUACCUACAGCCCACAUCACAGCAUUCAGCCCUGUUGGAUCUGCUCGAGGUGUGGUCCAGGUCUCUACGAGGCGCACUCUUGUACCUCCAAGACCGACACCGUCUGCGACUCCUGCCACAGGCCAGCCCCGGACAACCUUGACUACCAGAGAAAGUGCAAAGGACGAACGAACCUUUUCCUGGCGCCCGAGGACGCGCAGGAGACUGGGGAAGAGAGCGUCCUGGUGAACGAGCCUGAUGGCCAGGAUCAACUGUUCGACGGGAAGGAGGUCCUCGAGAAAGACGCCGAAGCUGCGUUCGUCGCUGGAGAACUGAACUCCUUGGAAAGGCUGUAAACCGAUCGUCCUUGCUGGAUCGUUUGCUUUCUAGAGAAGUGAGGGUAGGGUAACUGGGCAAUCGAUAUGUUCCUGGUGUUUCACACGGUUGCGUUGAAUUUCUUCGAAGGUAGAGGCUAAAAAGCGGAAGGAUAAACGUCACUGUGGCCGUACUAGACCGUCCGUCGACGCGAUGGCGAGAAAUUGGAACGCGUCGUAAUCGUCACGUACGAAAUUCCUACGGGAAUUCUUGGAAGUCUUAACUCUAAGUAGAAAAUCGGGAGACGCGAAAUCAUUUGCGGGAUAUCAAAUUCAUUCGAGACGUCGGUGUACAUAUGUAUAUCGUGUCCAGAGCAAGGGAACCGAAACGAAUUGCAGAUUGGGAAGUAGCGAACUCUUUCAAGAAUUCAUAGAGACGGCGGAUAAGAA